CGUAUGCUUCACAGUGAGCGGCGUGUCAGUGAGGAAGGUGAUAAGAGUGGCUUCUUCUGCACACAUAACUAUAACUAAUAGCAAUGUGGCGCAAGCUGUUUACCUCCGUCCCUGCUUUCAUAGCCCCGAAAGUGCCCUGUCGGAGCUUUAAAAUCAGCAGCAGGGCAGCUGAAAAGGACUUCUUUAAAGAUCUGGACGCUCAGCUCAAGGCGUUUUGGGACAAAGCGUCCAAAGCGUUGCCCGGCAAUGACUGGAGCCCGAUUGAGUUGACCCCAGGCCUGCCUCCAGAGAGGGCUGAUGUGGUGAUUGUAGGAGGGGGAGUUGUAGGAUGGUCCAUCGCAUACUGGCUAAAGAUGAAGGCGCGAUCAAGGGAUGGUCUGAGGGUGCUGGUGGUGGAGAAAGACUCUACUUAUUCCCAGGCGUCGACUGUGCUGUCAUGUGGUGGAAUUCGGCAGCAGUUCUCUUUGAAAGAAAACAUCCAGCUGUCACUGUUUUCUGCUCAUUUCAUGAAGAACAUUAAUAAUUAUCUCGGUGUUAUAAACGAAGACCCCGUUGAUCUGCAGUUUAAUCAUUCCGGAUAUCUCUUCCUCGCCAGUGAAAAAUCAGCUCAUAUUAUGGAGGAAAACUACAAUACUCAAAGAUGCUUGGGUGCAAAGGUCGCCCUCCUCUCACCGUCCCAGCUGAAGGAGCGAUUCCCCUGGAUGAACACAGAGGGGGUCGCUCUGGCUUCUCUUGGACUGGAGAACGAGGGCUGGUUUGACCCCUGGUCUCUUCUGAACGCUUUCAGACGUAAAGCCGUGUCUAUGGGUGUCUAUGAGUGCUUUGGAGAGGUCACAGCAUUUAAAUGCGCUGCAGAUUUGGCCAUAACCCCAGAUGGAGAUGUUGUUAAUAUCAAAAGGAUAAAAUAUGUUAAUGUGCAGAUGCCCAACAGUCUGGAGUAUCAGCCCGUGGAGUGUACCAUUGUGAUAAAUGCAGCAGGUGCAAACUCAGGAAAGAUCGCCUCCAUGCUAGGCAUCGGAUUAGACCCAAAAGAGUCCGUGUUUAAUGCUGCGCUACCUGUGGAGCCUAGAAAGAGGUUUGUUUAUGUGGUUCAUUGUCCAGAUGGACCAGGGCUGGACACUCCAUUUCUGAUUGACUACACAGGGGUUUACUGUAGACGAGAGGGACUGGGAGGAAAUUACAUCACAGGAAUGUCGCCAGAAGAGACAGAAGAACCAGAUAUCAGUAACCUUGAUGUGGACCACGAGUUCUUUCAAGAGAAGGUCUGGCAUCGUCUGGCCCACCGUGUUCCUGCAUUCGAGCAACUGAAGGUUUCGAGUGCGUGGGCUGGCUUUUACGACUACAACACUUUCGAUCAGAACGGCAUUGUUGGACUGCACCCUCUUGUGAACAACAUGUACUUUGCCACAGGCUUCAGCGGUCACGGCCUGCAGCAGUCUCCUGCUGUCGGACUCGCCGUGGCUGAGCUUAUUCUGGACGGAAGCUAUAAGACCAUCGACCUCCGAGCUUUUGACCUCAAACGGAUCCUCCUGCAGGAGCCCAUAAUGGAGAGUAACAUUGUGUGAGGAGCACAAAAACAUACAGGGAAAUGAUGUAUGCGUCCUCGAACGGAUGCACUUGACAUCGUAGUUCAGACUGGACACAGAGUUCAGUUUGGAAACAAAACGUGCUCAGAUUAUUAAGACAUGAAAGACAAAAGUGAUCAGUGCUGCUGGAUUCAACAAAACAUACUGUGCAAGAUCAGGAAAUUAUGGUACAGAUCAGGAAAUUCAGAUGUUUUGUUUAUUUGUAAUUGCAUAUAUUUAAGUAUGCUUAUCAAACGGAUCAUGAUAUACAGUAUAUAUACUAUUUUUUAUUAUUAUUAUUAUUAUUUUUAAGUGUUUUUCUAGAUCGUCACAUUCAUACUGUUUCAGAAAUGAAUACCAAAAAUAAACAUAAACUUUAAAAGUUUGUUUCUAAAUCAGA